AUGGUUGGAAAGAUCGUGGGAUUUGGCCUUACAAUCCUCGCGCUCUUACCAACCAUCAAGUCGAUAUCACCUCCUUCAUCUGUGCAAAAACUACGUCGCUAUGUCAACAAGAUCGAGAAAUCACUUGAUGGCAUAAAGGAUAUCUUAGAUGAGAGCAGCCCGGGCCUCAUACGCCGUAUAAAAACGGUUAACCAAGGCAGUCUUAUAAUGGCUGAUUUGGGUGAGCUACACCGUGAGAACUUCACACAGAUUCGUGAUACUGCCAAACGUAAGGCUGCAAAAAGAACUAAGCGCCAGGUUAAGGCCGUUGGUGCGCUUUAUGUAAAAGAUGCAAACCGCCUCAUAAAACACCGCCAUGAUGGAGAUUUGAUGAAAAUUCAUAAACGCUAUAUCCUUGGAGAGCGGCAACAGGGUGAGGAAGAGGAGGCUCCAGCGCCUCAAACCCCAGGCUUUUUUAUCGAUACUACGGGUAAUAGGUAA